GGAACUGUUACUUUUUUGAGGAUAUAUAAGCAGAACGCGUAAGAGUCUGGUUGUUAUAACUUGAAGAGCCGUUUAUUUGAAGUCCAUUAGAGAAAUACUUCUAAGGCUACACAGCAUAAGAAGACGAAGCAAGAGAUAGAUCUUGGUUCCCCGUAUACCGAGACACAAGAUUUUGGACUAGAACAAUGGUCGACGCCGGUGGUACAUUGGAAGAAUACUACGAGAUACAGAAGAAUGAGGCUGAUGUGCUCCAAUCCAUUUACAUGGAUGAUUUCGAAGACAAGACGGAUGCCACCUCUGCAUGGCACAAGAAGCCUUCGCCCAAGUUUGAGCUUAAGCUGAAGUCUGACGUUGAAGGAGAUGAGCCCUGUGCCUCACUGACUGUGAGAGUAGAGAUGACCCCGACAUAUCCAAGAACACCACCAAUUAUUAAGAUCAAGGAUGUUUCUAACGUGCUUACAAGCCAAGUUCGUGUCUUGGAGCUGUUCAUCAAGGACAAGGUUAAGGAAUUGAGCGGCUGCGAAAUGAUCUUUGACAUCACAGAUCACAUCAAGGAGAAAUUGAACGAAUUCCAGAGCACUGUUAACACCAACUCUCUUGAAGAAGAGCGCCUGUUAAGAAUUGAGGCUGAAAUAGCAGAACAGGAGAAGAGGGACCGCAAUAGAGAAGCACUGGAUGAAACUAAAAGGCUUGAAAGCCUCGAACAUCAGAAGAAUCUGAUCAAGACUGAAAUAGAGAAGAGAAGCACGCAGACUCAGAACGAUUCGAACUCGCCUUCUCCAUCCAUGGAUAUAGACGAUGAACAUCUGUUGCCAUCCAAGGCAUUGGUAGACUCUCAUCAGGCUUUUGUCUUUGAUAAUUUGAUCACCGCUAGAUUACCUAACAAUCAAGUGUUGAAAUUUAGAGCUGUUGUGAAUUGCAUGCCUGCAAAGCCUAGGGGUCUUCUCAAAUUUGCAAAGCAGACAAUUGUCAAACCGUACCUGGAAUCAGAUUCGCCGCUGGCCUCUAUUUACGAAAAGGAUAUUUCCUCUAUUGAUGAUCAUGCUCUGUUCCUACUCACUGAGAUUGAUUUAGAGAACCAAUUCUUCUCUACCCAUGCAGGAAGACAGGAGAUUCAAUACCUCGAAAGGGAACUUGAGAGCCUCUCGAACAUGCACCACGAUAAUUUAUCCACUCUUUACGCAUACAAUAUUGACCCGGUCGACAAGAAAACGUUGCAAUACAGAGUUACUAUAUUGACCGAUUACACAUCUAGUGGGACCAUAGAAGAUUUGUUAGAUGCGGUUAACUAUGUCAACCUGUCUGCAGCAAGAGCAUGGAUGCUGGAACUGAUUAGUGCACUAGAUUAUCUUCAUGGUUCCGGAUUGACUCAUAAAGCUAUCAAUCUAUCUACGGUUUCCUUUGUCAGAAACCACGAUGAUAACAUGAGAGUUAAACUUGAACAUCCAACAUAUGGUUAUAGACUGAUCAACAUGUUGACAAAGCAUCAAAACGUUAGAAAUAUGACCGAUGUUUCACCAGUCGUCUCUCCUUGGCCAGCACCAGAAAUCAAGUCAAACGCUCAGCCGCAAGCCAAAACCGAUAUAUGGGAUUUAGGUGUUUUGUUUGUCGAACUUAUAGCUGGAGUAAACGUUGUUUCUGAAUUCUCAACACCGGCUGAAUUCAUCAGUACCACCCCUCUUGAAGAUUCCGUCGAAGAAUUUAUAGAGUCCAUGCUUGCUGAGAAAUCUCGAAAGAGACUCGAUUCUCUUCAGCUGAACGCUACAAAGUUCUUAAGAACAAAUAUCGAACAAGUCAAUCCGAACCUUUCAAGGACGUUUGCAUUCGGUGAUGAGUUUGGUACAGCUCUGGUACCAACCACGUCUGCUGGAUCUAAUCAUUCGUCUAAGAUAAGACGGAGUUUUACAAAUAACUCAAGAAUGUCUUUUUUGGGAGGAUCAUCUGGGAUGCUGUCUAGAUAUGCAACGGAUUUUGAAGAAAGUGAGUUUCUCGGUAAGGGUGCAUUUGGAGAAGUUGUUAAAGCUAGAAACAGAUUGGAUGGACGUUUCUAUGCAAUCAAGAAGAUUCGUCACUCAGAAGAUCGUCUUGCCAGCAUUCUGACCGAAGUUCUUCUGUUGGCGAAGCUGAAUCAUCAAUACGUUGUGAGGUACUACAAUACUUGGGUGGAAAACUACGAUUACAAAAAUGAUAACGCUAUAGUUACGGACUCUGAAGACGACGAGUUUACAGAUUCAGAGGACGACAGUUUUGAGAUGUCUGAACCUCAUUCGAUAUCAGGCUCCAAUCUGAAUCUCAAUCGCCCCAGCAUCACAAGAGGUCAUACCCUCGAUUUUAUUUCCAACUCAUUUCAAGACGGACCUGAGAUUGAAUUUGGCUAUAACUCCGAUGAAGAACUUGAUGGUGAUGAAGAUGAUGACUUUGAGUUCUCUGAAGACGAUCCUAAUCCCAAAUAUGGAAGAAAGAACAAGAUUAUGUGUACUUUGUUCAUCCAGAUGGAAUAUUGUGAAAACCGAUCACUAUUCGACUUGAUUAAAGAAGGUGGAAUUCAAGCUAAUCGCAAUGAAUACUUUCGUCUCUUUAGAGAAAUUUUAGAGGCUUUGAAACACAUUCACUCUCAAGGUAUCAUUCACAGAGACUUAAAGCCUCAAAACAUUUAUAUUGACCAGUCAAAGAAUAUCAAAGUUGGUGACUUUGGACUCGCCAAGAAUGUCCGUCAUGCUAUCAUUGAAAAGUUUACGAAAUCUGAAGAGGCAUCUUUAAUUUCAGGUGACUUAACUUCGGAGGUUGGGACAACAUUGUACGUUGCGAAUGAGGUUUUGAACGGGAAUGGUACGUAUGAUGAGAAGGUGGACAUGUAUUCUCUUGGUAUUAUCUUUUUCGAAAUGAUUUACAAACUCUCCACUGGUAUGGAAAGGGUCCAGGUACUUCUCGCUCUGCGAAAGUCAACAGUCGAGUUUCCAUCAGAGUUCCCUGCUGAUAGAGGCCUCGAAAAGAAGUUGAUCAAGAAGCUUUUAUCUCAUAAUGCUGAGUCCAGGCCUUCUGCCGAGGCUUUAUUGGAAUCCGGCUUACUGCCAGUCAAAGAACAGGACCAGAUUGUGAAAGAGGCCCUGAAAAGUCUGGCCGAUCCUUCAUCACCAUGGCAAGCGCAGGUGAGAAAGACAUUGUUCUCUCAACCCUACAAUUUACCAAAUGAUAUUUUGUUUGAUAGAACAAGAAAAGAUAUUCCUUAUUCGAGUCAUUUACUCAAUUCUCUGAUGCUUGAUGAAGUAAUUGCAAUCUUUAAGAGACAUGGUUCAGUUGAAACUCGAGAUCAACCUCUCCUCUUCCCAAAAUCGCCGUUAUACUCUAUGCAAAACGUUUACGAACUGUUAGACAGUACUGGCUCGGUUCUUCAGCUCGCUUAUGACUUGACACUUCCUAUGGCGAGAUAUCUCUCCAAAAAUGUAAUGAACCUCGAAAAGGUCUUCAGGGUUGAAUAUGUUUAUAGACCUGACAGUAGCACUGCCAGUUCUGAGCCUGCUAAAUUUAUUGAAGUUGAUUUUGACAUUAUCACCGAUGACGCCGUGGAUCUAGCCUACAAUGACGCUGAAGUUAUCAAAGUAAUUGAUGAAAUCAUUACACUGUUCCCAAUCUUUCAGCCUAACUCUACAUCCAUCCUUGUGAACCAUUGUGGGAUUCUUGAUGCAAUUUUUGACUUCUGUGGUAUUGACAAGGCGCAGACUCAGAUUGUCAUUGGAAUCAUGAGUCAGGUUGGAUUCACCAAGACCAUGAAUGCAGCCAAGACAGAAUUGAGGAGUCAGUUGAAAAUCCCUAUAACUGUUCUUCAUGAUCUUGAACAGUUUGAUUUUAAACUUCCACUUGAUCAGGCCAGAAAAAGGGUCAAUAAGCUCAUGAUUGAUAGUGUAUAUCUCUCAAAGUUAGAACUGUACUGGAAAUAUCUCGCAAAGGUAUUUGACUUCCUGAAAAAACUGGGUGUUGAGACUCCAGUUUAUGUAUCUCCAUUGGGAAGUUUCAAUGCUGCGUUUUACUCCGGUGGUAUAAUGUUCCAGGCGGUUAAGGAGGAUGCCCCACGUUCCAUGAUUGCUGCUGGUGGACGUUACGAUAGUCUGAUACAGUACUUGACUCGUCCUUCAGGGGGGCGUAACCAUGUUCAACAUGCUGUUGGCUUUAACUUGGCUUGUGAACAAAUAUUCACGCUAAUGAGAACGUAUAUGAAGAUGGAUGGAAACGUGAAGAAGGCUAAGAAUCGUCUAAAGUAUUUCAAAGAUGUGAAUAUAUCGGAGUGGAAGCCUAAGAGGUGUGAUGUUCUUGUUACAAGUCUGAGUAACGUUGAAGUCUGGAGGUCUCUGGGGAUCGAAAUGUUGAAAAACUUAUGGUUGCACAACAUAUCAGCAGAUCUCUUGAGUAAAUGUCACGGUGUCGAUGAUAUACUUACCCGUGCUUCUCGUGAUGGAGCCAAUUGGGUUGUCUUGAUCAAACAACAAAACACUGCCACUCAUUCUCACAAAAAAAAUUAUAAGGCCUUCCGUGUUAAGAACAUUGAAAAGGAGCUCGACGUUGAUGUUACUGAAACUGAAUUGCUGAACUUAUUGCGUGUCGAGAUCAGAGAAAGAGAUUCUGGCAUUUUGCAAAACAACCCUGGACAAGACUUUUUCACUGCUGAUAACAAUUCAGAGGACAGCUUAUCAAACAGUAUGACGCAUUCCUUGACCUUAAACGAGCAGAAGAUCAUAUUCAUUCCAAACAAUGCUUCGAGAAGUGCAAAGAGCUCGAUUAAGAAGGAUAAGUACUCUAUUGAGUCGAGUUCCAAGAAGGCAAGUAUGGACAUCAUCGAGGAUCUAUCGUCAGCACCAGUUUAUGCAUUUGACAACGUGAAGGACGAAGUUCUUGAUAUGAUUUCCAUAACUUCAAUUUCCCAGGAGCAGGAAUGGAUGAGAAAAGUUGGCGGAGUGUCCAGUUCAACCCCAAGGUCGUUUGUCUCCAACAUGUACAAUGCACUAUCAAAAGAAGCCUCAAAGGGCACCAAGUGGGUUGUAAUUCAUUGUCCAAAGACCGGUAAAUCGUGCAUUUGCGACCUGCAGAGGUGAAUCCCUCCACGUUCUAUAAACGUAUCACGAAAUCAAUAUUAUAACGAAA